AUGCCAAAAAGUAAAUUUGCGAGUACAAUGAAAAAUCGAAUUAAAUGUGAAAAUGAUAUCAGGCAGAAAUAUCCUGUUAAUCAAUUAUGGGAAUGGCAAUCAAAACAGAUAUGUCGUCCAUUAUUUGUUCUUCAUGAUGGACCACCAUUUGCUAAUGGACCUCUUCAUAUCGGACAUUUUCUAAAUAAAAUUCAAAAGGAUAUUAUUGUUCGUUAUAAAUUGUUAAAUGGAAAUCGAAUAGAUUUUCGUCCUGGUUGGGAUUGUCAUGGUUUACCAAUUGAAUUAAAAGCAUUACAAGAAAAUAAAAGCAAUUCAAAUGAUAAAGAUCCAAUCGUUGUUCGUAAACUUGCUCGUCAAUUUGCUACAGAAGCAUUAGAAAAACAAAAAACAGAAUUUCAAUCUUGGGGUAUAUUAGCUGAUUGGAAUAAUUGUUAUAGAACAUUUGAUAAAGAUUAUAUUAUUGAUCAAAUUAGAUUAUUUUGGAGAUUAUAUCAGAAAGGUUUACUCUAUCGACAAUAUAAACCAGUCAAUUGGUCACCAACUGUUCAAUCUGCUUUGGCUGAAUCUGAAUUAGAAUAUAAUGAUAAACAUAUAAGUACUGCUAUUUAUGUACGAUUUCGUUUACAAAACAAUGAUUUGAUAUCAAAACUUUUGUCUCAAACUAAUCUAGGAAAUACUUAUGCUUUAAUUUGGACAACAACACCUUGGUCUUUAGUUGGUAAUCAAGCUGUAGCUGUUAAUGAAAAAUUAAAAUAUCUAUUUCUAAAACUUUCCUCGACAAACGAUAUAUAUAUUGUUGCUGAAGCAUUAUUAAAUAAUAUAAAAAAAUUUUCACCAUUUUCUAAUAAUCAAUUUGAAAUCAUAGGAAAUUGUCUUGGAUCUCAAUUAUCCGGUCUUACCUAUAAACAUCCAAUUUAUAAUGAUCAAAUAAAUUAUCCUAUUAUUACUAGUGAUCAUGUUACUGAUGAAAUCGGUACUGGUCUUGUUCAUAUUGCACCAGCACAUGGUUCUGAUGAUUUUCUUCUAUCAAUAAAACAUAAUCUUCAAUGUAUUAAUGCUGUUAAUUUAACUGGUCAUUUAAAUUGUCCAUCAAUUGAAUCUCUUCAUGGUCGUAAUGCAUUAGAUAAAAAUGAUGGUAUUGAAGGAAUUCUUAAAUAUUUAAAUUCUGAUAUUUUACAUCAUUAUGAAUUAAUACAUUCAUAUCCAUAUGAUUGGCGAGCAAAAAAACCUGUUUUAAUCUUAGGUAGUCAACAAUGGUUUAUUGAUACAACACGUUUACGUGAUAAUGCACGUAAAUAUAUAUUAGAAGAUGUAAAAAUAUUUCCUGAAGGUGCUGGAAAAAGUUUUUUAUCAAUGACUUCACAACGUCCAUAUUGGUGUAUAUCACGACAACGUUAUUGGGAUAUUAUUGAACAUUUAAUAAAAUGUGUUCAAGAAAAAAAUUCAAUUGAUUUUUGGUGGUCAUCAAAUGAUAUUAAAGAAUUAUUACCUAUAUCAAUGCAUAAUCAAGCUGACAAUCUUGAACGUGGAAAAGAUAUAUUUGAUGUUUGGUUUGAUAGUGGUUCAUCAUUUAAUACAAUUCUUAAAGAUUUUAAUUAUCAAGCUGAUAUAUAUUGUGAAGGUCAUGAUCAAUUUAAUGGUUGGUUUCUAUCAUCAUUAUUAUUAUCAACUGGAAUACAAAUGCGAGCACCAUUUUCAAAUAUAUUUGUUCAUGGUUUUGUUGUUGAUAAAAAUAAUCAAAAAAUGUCAAAAUCAAUUGGAAAUGUUAUUCAACCAUCGGAUAUGAUAUUUGGUGGUGGAAAAGAAAAAUUUCAUGAAAAUGGUCUUGAUGUUUGUCGAGAAUGGGUUACAAGAGAAAGUUAUAAACCUCAAUGUAAAGCAAGUGGAGAAGAUUUAACUAAAUCAUAUCAACGAGUUUUUGAUAUAAGAAAUAUAUUAAGAUUUUUACUUGGAAAUUUAUAUGAUUUUAAACCUGAUAAACAUACAAUAUCAAAUGAAAAUUUAACUGCUAUUGAUCGUUAUAUAGCAUAUCGUUUAUAUCAAACUCUUACGACAUAUCAUAAUGAUUUUGAUCAAUAUAGAAUGUAUCAUGGUUUAAUUGCUAUUGAAGAUUUUAUUCAAGGUGAUAUAUCAAGUUUUUAUUGUUCAGUAACAAAAGAUCGACUUUAUUGUAAUCCAUCGAAUUCUUAUCUUCGUCGAUCAACACAAACAGUUUUUUAUUUAUUAUUAAAAUGUCUUAAUGAACGAUUAGCACCAGUAAUGCCAUAUCUUGCACAAGAAUUAUAUAAUGAAUUAUAUUUAAUAGAAAAUAAAGAAAAAAAAAUAAAUGACAUAUUUGAAAAUAAAUUUACAUUUUUGGAUAAACAAUUAACUGAAAUUUCUUCAGAACUUACAUCGACAAUGUCAAUUAUAUUACAUUUACGUAAUACAUAUCAUGGAAUUCUUCAAAAUCGACGAGCUAUUCUAUAUGAUAUUGUACUUUAUUUAAGUGAUAAAGCAAAACUACAGCUUAAACAAGUUCAAGAUGUACUUGAAAAACAUCCAUCAACAAUUAAAUUAGAUUUUUGGCAUCCAUUAGAAGAACUUUUACAAUGUUCACAUGUACAUCAACGAUCAUUAUCUGAUUUAGAAAAUGAUCUAAUAGAAGAAAAUAUUUCAAGCGUUGAUUUACCAUUAUUAGAUGAUAAAUUUAAUUAUAUAAUGAAAAUUCAAUAUAAUUCCUUACAUCUUUGUCCUCGUUGUCGUUUACAAAUAUCAGAAAAUGAAAAUGAACUAUGUGUUCGAUGUUUUUCUUAUACACAAAAAUCAUAG